CGAUAAGCGAGCUCCCAGCUCCCUACCAGGUACCCCGCCGCUUAUCGUCGCGCAGGUGCGGGUCCGGAUCUACCUAUAUCUACAUCUACGUCGAGACCUCAUUCCGCAAAGCCAACAAGCUUCACACCGCCACAUCUCCUCCGUCACAUCUCCUCCACAAACAAACAAGCUCGCUCAACCAUGGCAUCAACAGAAGGCCUCACAACCGAGCAACGCGACUUCUGGGCCGAGAACGGAUACCUCAUCAUUCCCAAUGCGCUCUCGCCAGAGACGGUGGACGAGCUGCUGCGCGAGUCCCACCAGCUGCUCGAAGACUUCUCGCUCGACGGCCACCCGAUGACCAAAUUCACCACUGGCGACGACGCCUCCUCCAGCGCGCACGUCGGCGACAACUACUUCCUCACGUCCCACGACCAGAUCCGUUUUUUCUUCGAGACCGCCGCGUUCUCCUCCUCAGGCGUUCUCCUCAAGCCCAAGACGCGGGCGAUCAACAAGAUCGGGCACGGGCUGCACCUCUUAUCUCCCGCAUUCCGGUCUGCAACACUAACGCGCGGCAACCUUGCGAUCGCGCGGGACCUAGGCUUCAGCGACCCGAGAGUCCUGCAGAGUAUGGUCAUCUGUAAACAGCCAGAGAUUGGCGGCGCCGUGCCGAGUCAUCAGGACUCCACGUUCCUAUACACAAACCCGCCGAGUGCGGUGGGGUUUUGGUAUGCACUCGAGGAUUGUACGGAGAGCAAUGGGUGUCUGAGUUUUGCGCCGGGGAGUCAUAGGAGGUGUGAGGUGAAGAAGAGGUUUGUGAGGAUGGAGGGCGGGGGGACCGGGUUUGAGGAUGUGCAGAGCGCGGGGGAGUGGAGCGAGGAGGAUGAGACGUUUGUACUCGGACCGGUGGAGAGGGGGAGUCUCGUGCUUAUUCAUGGGAAUGUUCUGCAUAAGAGCGAGAGGAAUACGGGCAUGGGGAGUAGGUUUAUCUAUACUUUUCACGUCAUCGAGGGAGAAAACAAGUACGACGAGAAGAACUGGCUGCAGCCGACUGCGGAGGGGUUUUCGAGGCUGAAUGAUGUGGAGUAGAGCGGUGAAGGUGGGGAAUGCGCAUGGAUCUUUCUUUCUUUCUUUCUUGAAGAUAUGUUGUUCGUCCCAUUGAGACAGUGCGAGACUCAAUGAAUACUUGGUACCGCAAGUCCAAGCUUCAAGCUUCAAGCUCACACUGCACACCCGUACAAUGCCAUAACAAAGGCCAUCACCAUCACCAACCCCACCACAUCCCGUCCAAAUCA